AAUAGUGCAGAAGGUGACCGUUUUUCGGUCCGGAUCGUAUACGUCUCCACCAGUGGUACAACGUAAUCAAAACAGUGAAAAGUGUUGCCGUGCGAAAAGACAAACUAAUGCAACUGUGCACUGCACUUCUUAUCAGCACCUAAAGCAAAGCAUAGGAAAACACAUCCGGGCAAAUUUGCAAGCAGAGAAACAUGUUGAACGCGCUCCAGCGGUUCCUGGGAGGUGAUGCGCCGCCGAACAAAGUACAGGAGGUGAAAAAUGAGUCCUACGUCAACCUGCCGGUACUGCAGCGGAACGAAACGAUGCGCCUGUUCGCGCCGAAUCCGAAUGCAGCCGAUAAGAAGCCGGUGUAUGAAAUCAUCCUCGAGCGACCGCACUCGGAAACGUUGAACACGUCCUACAGCUUGUAUCGCGCACCGACGCAGGCGGCAGCGGAAGAAAAGUUCGAAGCAUUCCACCAGCGUCUGCCGGAGUUGGUGAAAAUCGUUCGAGAGAUGUACAACAUUAAUGGCUUGCAGAAGCUGUGCGAUACGCUGAUCGAAAAUCCUUCCUGGUCGCUGGCGCACGUGGUGGCUUUUUACAAUCUUACCGACUACAUUUCGAAUCCUAGUAUAAUUGAUUUUCUCGACUAUGCAGAAUACUCCGACAUGUUGACGCCACUGCAGGUGGCGGUGAAGGCGAAUAAUAUUGAAUUCGCUAAAGCGUUGGUGGUAUCCAACUACUGCAACCUGGAUCACUUGGAUAAGAAUAGCAACUCCGUGUUCCACUAUGCGGCUAGCACAACCAAAGAAAUGAUCAAUCUUCUGACCGCCAAAAGUAUCUCCAACUUAAACCAUUGCAACACCGAUGGCUACACGCCACUUCAUCUGGCCUGUUUGGCCGAUAAACCGGACUGCGUGAAGGCGUUGCUGCUGGCCGGGGCAGACACUAACAAAAUGGCCCGUAGCGCCGGUAACGCCUACAACAAAGCGAUACCAACAAAACCUUCUUCUACAGGUAAUGUGGCCGACUUUCUCGUUAGCAAUCCGAACAAAUUGUUCACACAGGACAUGAAGCACGGUGGCACACCGUUGCACUGGAGCUCCAGUCGGGAGGUACUGAAUUCUUUGAUCGAGCGUGGAUGCGACGUGAAUUUGGUGAAUUUUAAUGGCCAAACACCACUUCAUGUGAUGGUGGCCAGAGACCGUUUGGAAUGCGUUGUUGCACUGCUCGCUCACGAGGCGGAGAUAGACGUGGUGGACAAUUCCGGCAACACUCCGCUGCACAUCGCCGUCGAGAAGAAACUCAUCCCGAUUGUGCAGUGUCUGGUGGUGUUCGGAGCGGACCUCAACAAGCCGAACAAGGACGGGAAAACGCCCCGCCACAUGGUCGGCAAGGACGACAACGGAUCGAAGGAGGCGAUGAUACUGUACAUUCUGCACUCGGUCGGUGCGAAACGAUGUCCGGAAAAGGGCAGUGGUAGCGGCAGGUGUCCACCAGGUUGCGCGGCCAACGGCUCGUAUAACGGUAUACCGCCGGCCCAGCCGGAAACGAGUGAACAGCGCGAACACAUCCAGCAGGUACUGGCAUGCACGAGCAACAGCAAGUCGCACCGUAACAGCGUGCCCAGCCUGAUCUCGAACACGAUCCGAGCUUCCAUCCCAGAGGAGCGAGAGCGUAGCCAGCCGAAAACGGUCGACGUCAGCCAGGAGCGGAAGGGGGCGAGCAUGAUGGAUGCGCUGCUGUCAAUGUUCACGAACAAAGUGGAAGCUGUCUCGAAGCCGACAUCACCUAGUGCAUCGUACUCAUCGCUGAAAGGUGGCGUGGCGAACUUGCUGGGCGACUUCGAUAUCGGUGACGAGCCGAUGCUGACGGACGAUGCAAGCGCUUCCAGUGUUGCUGGCGAACCGGCUAAAACGCCAGACGGCGCUGAAUCGAGCAAACACCACCAUCAACAGCAACGCUCGUCGAGCGAUGCCGGUUCGAUUGGUGCAGGACAGCACACUUACGCCGGCCGGGGACGACUUCUGUGCCUCGACGGUGGAGGCAUUCGUGGGCUCGUGCUGGCACAGAUGCUGCUCGAGAUAGAGAACCUCUCCGGGACGCCCAUCGUGCAUCUGUUCGAUUGGGUCGCAGGCACCAGCACCGGCGGCAUACUGGCACUCGCGUUGGGUGUCGGCAAAACGAUGAAACAGUGCAUGUGCUUGUACUUACGCAUGAAGGACCAGGCGUUCGUCGGCAUGCGGCCGUACCCGAGCGAUCUGCUCGAGUCGGUGCUGAAGGAUCAGCUAGGCGAGUUUACCGUGAUGACGGACAUCAAGCACCCGCGGCUGAUGGUAACGGGUGUGAUGGCCGAUCGGAAACCGGUCGAUUUGCAUCUCUUCCGCAACUAUGAGUGUGCGAGCGACAUCAUGGGCAUCGUGACACCCUCGAGUAAUCGGCGGGAGCCGCCACCACCACCCUGCGAACAGCUUGUGUGGCGGGCGGCACGGGCUACCGGUGCCGCUCCUUCCUAUUUCCGCGCCUACGGACGCUUCCUGGACGGUGGGCUAAUCGCCAACAAUCCCACCCUGGACGCCAUGACGGAAAUUCAUGAGCUGAAUGCCGCCCUUCACUAUACUGGCCGAUCGGCCGAGGUAGUUCCGGUAUCGGUGGUAGUUUCGCUCGGUACCGGUCUAGCCCCGGUGGUGGAUUUGAAGGAAAUCGAUGUGUUCCGUCCUGGUGGUAUAUGGGACACGGCCAAACUGGCCUAUGGUAUUUCUACCAUCACUACACUGCUUGUCGACCAGGCAACGGCAUCCGAUGGACGCGUGAUCGAUCGUGCCCGGGCGUGGUGCAGCAUGAUUGGCGUACCGUAUUUCCGGUUCAAUCCACAGCUAUCGGUAGAUAUUGCGAUGGACGAGAAGAUCGACGAGCCGCUGAUCAACAUGCUCUGGGAGGUGAAAGCGUACAUGCACAGCAAUCGAAAGCAGGUCAUCGAGUUGAUCAAUCUGCUCAAAUAGCAGUAAGGGCUGGCAGUACCGUAGUAAAUCUUACAGUAAACCACAGCGCUAUAGCUAUCCGUACCACCCACCACCCAACCACCCACCCACCCACCACAUAGAACACGCGAACCCACCCACACCCGAGGAGCAUUAGAAUGCGAAUUAGAAAGUUGGAAACAAUGCUACUUACCUCCUUUUUUCUGUGAGUCGAUAGAACUAGUUUUCAGCGAACGCAAUGCGAGUUCGAGUACGAAUUUUCGUAGCAUACAUACGGUUGAGGCUACAAACCGAUGAGUACUGACGUCAUUGACAAUAUCCUUAGAAAACGCGCGAAAUUAAUCGUUGGUAGCGAAGGAACGGAACCUAUGGCGUCUAGGU